UGUAACGUUAGGGUGUAGGGUCAAUGCUGUAACGUUAGGGUGUAGGGUGUAGGGUGAACGCUGUAACGUUAGGAUGUAGGGUGAAUGCUCUAAAGUUAGGGUUUAAGCUGUAGGCUGCUUGUGUUCAUCAAUGUUCACGGCUUGUUGAUAAUGAUGGGUCCUCUCCUGGACCGUCACUGAGCUUUGUGUUGUGUUUCUGUAAUAGUACUGACUGUUUGCCCUGGGAUCUGGAUAUAGCUGUUAAACAGCAUGAUGGAGAACCUUACGGCGGGAGGAGCAUCGACCACAGAGACAGAAGGUAUCCAUCUGAACUGCAGCAUGUCCGGGAGGCACAACUUCAUCUUCACCCUGAUCCCGGUCGUGUACAGCUGUAACUUUGUCAUCGGCAUGGUGGGGAACAGCAUGGUGGUUGCAGUCAUCUACCGUUACAUGAAGCUGAAGACGGUGGCCAACGUGUUCGUCCUCAACCUAGCCAUCUCAGACCUUACCUUCCUGAUCACCCUGCCCAUGUGGGCCACCUUCACAGCCACAGGCUACCAGUGGCCCUUCGGUGGGUUCCUGUGUAAGGCCAGCGCUGGACUGGUAAUGUUCAACCUCUACAGCUCCAUCUUCUUCCUCACCGCGCUCAGCAUCGACCGCUAUCUGGCUAUCGUCCACCCGUUGAGGUCGCGGCAGCGCCGUACUCUGCUCUACGCCCGUAUCACCUGCGUCCUGGUUUGGCUCUUUGCCCUGCUGCUGUCCGUCCCCACGGCCCUGACCAGAGACCUGAUGCACAUCACCAACUACAACAUCACCACGUGUGGCGUACUGCACCCUGAGGGCUCCAGGCACCUCCUCCUCACCAUUAGCCUGAUGAAGAGCAUCCUUGGGUUCCUGUUUCCCUUCCUCGUCAUCAUCACCUGCUACUGCCUGAUUGGUGGAGCCCUGGUCGGGGCGCGGAGCAUCCAGAAGACCACCCGGUCGAGAGAUGAUGAGGUGUUGAGGAUACUGGCGUCGGCUGUCCUAGUUUUCUUCCUGUGUUGGGUGCCCCACCAGGUUUUACACUUCAUGGAGCUGCUGACCCAGCUGAAAGUUGUAACUAACUGUGUGAUGGUGGACGUCAUCGACACGGCCAUGCCCUUCACCAUCUGCAUAGCCUUCCUCAACAGCUGUGUCAACCCCAUCCUCUACGGCUUUGUGGGACAGAACUUCAGGAAGAACAUGUUCCGCCUGUUCCACUGUUCCCCCGCUGGCCCCGCCGGGACACACCACUACAUCAGCUCCAAGAUAUCUACCCUUUCCUACCGCGUCUCCGAGGUACUGCACCUCACCAACAAAAACAAGCAGGCCAUGGAGGCCAUGUCUAAUGUGAAGAGAGGAGAGAAGGAGGUGGAGUGUGUAGCUAUGUACUAA